GCAGACGUCUCAUAAACCAUGUGAUCCGCACCGCUGAAGUCACGAUAAUGGAGUUUUGUGAGAACAUGUGUUAUAUGGAACCCAACUGCGUCAGCAUUAAUCUUGAUAAACGAGUUGGUAGAAACGGAAGGUACAAGUGUGAAUUGAAUAAUGUUACUCACGAAGGACACGAACACGAACUGGAGAAGAAAGGCCAUUAUUUUUAUCGUGCAGCUGAGAGCGCUUGUGUUGAUAAUCCUUGCGAUAACAAUGCUACUUGUCAAAGCGGUUUUACAGACAAAGGAUAUUGCUGUUUGUGUACUACUGGAUUCAAAGGUCCGAACUGCAGUAAAGAUAUCGACGAGUGUGCUGUAGGAACACAAAACUGCAAUGAAAAUGCUGUUUGCAACAAUACCAAAGGUUCCUACAACUGCUCAUGUAAACCUGGAUAUUCUGGAGAUGGACGGACUUGCAAAGAUAUCGACGAGGGUGCUUCAGGAACACAAAACUGCAGUGCUGAUGCUAUGUGCAACGAUACCAAGGGAUGGUACAACUGUACCUGCAAACCUGGAUACUAUGGAGAUGGAAAUAACUGCCGUUCGGCUUCGACGUGUAAGGAAAUUUUCGAUUGGAAUGUAUCAGAAAAGAGUGGUGUGGUUGCCCUGAUCCUAGACUCAAAGCCAAUUUCUGUCUUCUGUCACAUGGGAGACUUUGGAUGCGGAGAUGGAGGAUGGACACCGGUCAUGAAAAUUAAUGGCAGUAAGAUGACAUUCCAUUAUGAUUCCAAGUUUUGGAGCGACAGAAAUGCUCACAACCUUCCAGGGGGCAAGACUGGCUUUGACUUUUUAGAAACCAAGUUACCGACCUACUGGAACACAUCCUUUUCCAAGAUCUGUCUCGGUAUGAAGAUCAACCAACAGACCAACUUCAUUGUAUUCAACAAGCAGGCUAACUCUCUCCACUCACUGAUAGCUUCUGGAAUAUACCACGCCACCUCACUAGGUCGUAACAUGUGGAAGGUGUUAAUUGAUUCAGAGGCCUCUUUGCAGCAAAACUGCAACAAAGAAGGGUUCAAUGCAGAGGGAAACCAUCUUUUUUCCUCCAAAGCAAGAAUCGGCAUCAUUGCUAAUCAGCAGAAUAGCUGUUAUUCUUGUAAUUCCAGAAUUGGCUUUGGUACAGGAGGAUACUACGAUGACAACAACACCUGUGGAAAUGAUGCAACACACAAGGCUGAUAAUGGGAACAAACGCAUCAAAGCCAUGGGGUACAUCUUGGUGCAGUGACAAGGGAAAAUUCCGACUUUCAAAUAUUUAAACCGAGAAGCCACCAUAGAACAGAAAAAUGUAGUAUCCUGAGACAUACAAACAAAAACAAAGGAACUCAUUCCUUUCUCUUUUUAGAAUUCUUUCUAGUGUAAUUUUUUUAAAUCUAAUCUACAGCGUUCCAUUUGUGCGAAGCCAGUAAAAUGUUUUGAAAUCGAAGUAGAAAUAAACGAGGAACCCAUAUUCG